AUGCUACGUCUGAUACUAUUUAUCUUGACUCGCACUACUGAAGUCGGCAGCCGCAUCCUUGUCCUCGCUGCAUCGGCUCCCGCCAGCUCGCACGGCGAGUUACAAAGUGAUGGAGCGAACGAGGAUGUGGAGGGGUGGGUAUAUACAGAGGUCGGACAGCGGGCACAGAAGAAGGUGUUUGAGCAGACGCUGCAGAUUCUGGAGGCAAGACAGGCGGGGAUUGCGCGUGAGGCAGGGCUGCAGGAUUAG